AUGGGUUUAGGUCAUGUAAAAGAGGAUAUUCCUCUCCCAGCAGAGGAGGUCGACGAGUAUGCUCGGUUUGGGCUUUUCAUGGCCGAAUUCUUAUACGCAUGGUCGCUUGGAUUUUCCAAGCUGGCUAUCCUCUGCUUCUAUUGGCGCCUGUUCAGUGUCUCCAACAUCCGACCGGGAAUCUACAUCCUCCAAGCAAGCACCGUAAUCUGGCUCACCAUCCGGACCUUCAUGACCAUCUUCCACUGUGUGCCAGUCGAGGCCUACUGGAACUUCAACAUUAAAGGCGCUGUGUGCAAAAUCGACCCUGGAAAGUUCAUGUUUGGCACGACCCUGGUUCAUCUACUCCUCGAAAUUUCUGUCCUAUUGCUGCCUGUGUUUCAGGUCGCAAGUCUCAAGCUUCGCUCGGGUCAAAAGUUUGCUGUCGUCGCCAUGUUCAUGUUUGGUAUCUUUGUUUGUGCUGCGUCAAUUGUCGUACUUAUCCAGGCAAUCACACUGAAUGCCAAGACGACAGAGAUGUCGAGGGACGUCAAAGGAGUCAUCAUCUGGGCAGGCACGGAAGCUUAUUUAGCUAUCAUCUCUUCUUGUCUUCCCAUAACAAGACCUAUCAUCCGCAAGUUCAUGUCCGGCUCAAUACUUGGCUCCAGAUCCAACUCAAGUGCUCCCAACCCUCUCAGCGGUUUAACUAGCAGCAGGGGCAUCAAACUUCGCAACAACAUUCGAACAAAAGAGUUCGACGAUAAUAGUUCGGAGCGACAACUGGCUGAGCAUGAGGAGGAGUCGUCUGGCGACACGUACUUCGAAACCUAUGCGGAGCGCGGUGGAUACAAUAAUACUGUUAUUAGUUCAGCUGACAAGGUCCCCAACAGCAACACUGGCAGCUCGGGGACAUGUGGCAUCCAAGUCAAGAAUGAGACUAAUGUACGUUAUGAAUCUAUUUGA